UUCUUCAACAACUGCAGUCACCUAGGUAGCUCGCUAGACAACAAAGUCGGAACAUUCAAGCUCUUUAGACAUUUCGUGGUUUAUUUGCCACUAUGAUUUAAACAUACUUAUGUGGAAACAACUAGAUACACCAUUUAUUUUAAUAUUUACGUUGUAAGUCAACUUGCUGGCUGGUUAAGUUAGCACUAGUCUAGUCGCUAAUACUAACUAGCUAUUAUUCCCGAACAUGAGUUCACUAAGCUACUCUCCUCCUGUUAAAGAAGAGGGGGUCUGCUGGACGGAGAAAGAAGCUCUCGUGAAAGAGGAGGAAGAGGAGGCUGUUACAAUACAAAAACAAGUAGAGGGUGAGGCUAUUACCGUGAAAGAAGAAGAGAAAGACGCCUCCAGAGUGGAGGAUGAAGACCUUUUUGGAAUGAAGGAUGAAGAGGGGGAGAUUACUGUCACAUUAGAGGAGGACGAAGAAGAGAAUACUGGAGAUCUGAUUAACACCAGUAAAUACAGAGAACAACAUCAUGAUGCUGACAAGGCAGAGAAGAGUCUCUCCAGAUCAGAACACCUCAAGAAACACCUGCAGAGACCCACAGGGAAGAAAUCUCACCACUGCUCUGAAUGUGGGAAGAGUUACUCAAGAUCAGAUUCACUUAAACUACAUAAGAGAAUACACCAGCGAGUACACACAGGAGAGAAACCUCACCACUGUUUUGACUGUGGGAAGAGUUUUAAAAUCAGAUUCACUUAAACUACACCUGAGAAUACACACUGGAGAGAAUCUUCACUUCUGCUCUGACUGUGGGAAGAGAUUCACCUCUUCAGUAGACCUUAAAAUACAUCAGAGAAUUCACACUGGAGAGAAACCUUUUGGCUGUGAUCAAUGUGGGAAGAGUUUUACUAAGCCAAUCAACUUGAAAUCACACCAGCGAAUACACACUGGAAAGAAACCUUAUGGCUGUGAUCAAUGUGGGAAGAGUUUUACUCAGUCAAGCGGCCUG